AGCAGGUGGCGCAGCAUCAGCAGCACGCCUGCAGAAGCGGAAGUGACAAUACGUCACAAUAGUGCGCCCCUCCACGUGCAAGAGCGUUUCAGUCACAUUGGCAGUUCCUCAGCAGCACCAUGAAGCGCCCAAAGUUAAAGAAAGCGAGCAAACGUAUCUCAUGUUCCAAACGUUACAAAAUACAGAAGAAGGUCCGCGAGCACCUCAAGAAGCUCAGAAAAGAGGCGAAGAAGAAAGGAGUGAGCAAACGAGUGAAGAAGGACCCAGGCGUGCCCAGCAGUGCUCCCUUCAAAGAGGAGGUGCUCAGGGAGGCAGAGCAGCGGAGGCUACAGAUUGAAGAAGACAAGGAGAAAAAGAGACAAACAGUAAUAGAGGAGCGAGCCAAGAGGAAGAAGAAGGAAAAGUCUGCAAUUAAAGAAACUGAACCCAACGCCAAGAAGGCUCGGAAGGAGAAUGGGAAGAAUUUACAGGCUGGCCCAGACAGGAAUUCAAAACAGUUCCUUUGUAGUGAAUUAAAUAAGGUGAUUGAUGCAUCUGAUGUAGUGAUUCAAGUCCUUGAUGCCCGUGAUCCUCUGGGGUGCAGGUGUCCCCAGCUGGAGGAGGCGGUGCUGCAGAGGGACGGCAACAAGAAACUACUCCUGCUUUUAAACAAAAUAGACCUGGUACCAAAGGAGAAUGUGGAGAGGUGGAUACAGUGUUUACAAAAGGAGUUUCCAGUUGUGUUGUUUAAAGCAUCAACACAGAUUCAGGACAAAACAGUGCAAGCCAAGAAGAGCAGGAUUGUGGCCUCAAACGAAGUCCUCGACAGAUCCAGAGCAGCAGCCUGUUAUGGAAGCAGCGGCCUCGCUGAGCUGCUCUCAACUUACGCUACUAACACAAAGGAUGAAGUUUCACUCAAAGUGGGUGUAGUCGGUUUUCCUAAUGUGGGGAAGAGUAGUCUGAUCAACAGUAUGAAGGGGAUCCUGGCCUGUAACUCUGGAGUCAAGAGGGGAAUCACAAAAUCCAUGCAGGAGGUGCACAUCACAAAGAAUGUGAAGCUAAUAGACAGCCCCGGAGUCGUGGCAUCGCCAUCCAACCCAGCAGCUUCUAUGGCGCUCAGGAGCCUGCAGGUGGAGGAGGGCCAGGAGACUGUGUUGGAGGCCGUCAGGACUCUGCUCAAACAGUGUGACAAGUCACAGAUCAUGCUUCAGUACACUCUGCCAGACUUCAGAAACUCUCUGGAGUUCUUGACCAUGUUUGCCAAAAGGCGUGGUUAUCUACAGAAAGGUGGAGUCGCUAACACAGAGCAAGCAGCUGCGGCUUUCCUUGCUGAUUGGACAGGAGCGAAGAUGAGUUACCACUGUAAGGCAACAGAGUGCAAGAGCCUCCCUGCGUACCUGUCUGACGCUGUGGUCGCUGAGAUGAAGAACGGCUGGGACCUGACCAAACUGGAAACGGGAAACAAAGAAUGUCUGCACGGUGUGAAAUGUCCAAACCAGGCCAGCAGUAUAGGCUUCACGACUAAAGGGCCGACUGCAGGUCUGCUGAGCAUCAGUGAAGUCAGCGAGGUAAAACCUCAUGCUACAACCACAGAGAGUGAAGCAAUGCAGAAUGAUGAGCCUGAACAAACGCCUGAGGAGCCAAAUAAAACAGAAGGGUUGGAGAAACCACCGGCGACGUCACUCAUAAAAAACCCCCUCAAAGUGCGGUUUCCCAUCGACAUCAAAGCUUCAGUAAAUGACGCCUAUGACUUCAACAUGGACUAUAAAUGAGCUUCACCUUUUCACUGCUUCUAAGAUAACUCAUGGUCUGAGGAUGUAGACCUGGACUCGUGGCCUCCCCCAACUGCUGAAACCUGGAGGACAGUGGAAGUUUACCAUACGAGAACUGACCUUUAUUCUAGACAACAGUUUUCAUUUGAUAGCAUUGAAUUGUUUGUCUGGGGUUUAUCUGCUGUCCAGGAGAUGCAAUGAUUGGUGCCUAUGUAUUAAUCACUGACUUCUCCUUUUACAAUGUCAUGGGGUAAUUAGCAGUAUCUUGUCAAUACAGAAUCGUGUAAAUAGCUGACUUACUAUAAAUGUAAUAAAUCCUCUAUAAAGCCCUUUUCCCCCCGAAA